AUGUGCCUGGCUCCGUGCACACCCCGCAGGGCGGCAACGCCAGGGAACCGAGAGCUUUCCAGAGCCCCGCUACCUCGCUCCGCUUCGGCGGCCGCGAUCAUGUUCCAGCCUGCGGCCAAGCGGGGUUUCACCAUAGAAUCCUUGGUGGCCAAGGAUGGUGGCUCCGGAGGGAGCCCUGGCAGUGGGGGCGCGGGCUCCCAUCCUCUGGCAGUGGCCGCCUCAGAGGAACCGCUCAGGCCCACGGCGCUCAACUACCCUCACCCCAGUGCGGCCGAGGCGGCCUUCGUAAGUGGUUUCCCGGCCGCUGCCGCCGCGGGCGCCGGUCGCUCGCUCUACGGAGGGCCCGAGCUUGUGUUCCCCGAGGCCAUGAACCAUCCAGCGCUGACUGUGCACCCGGCGCACCAGCUGGGAGCCUCCUCGCUGCAACCCCCUCACUCUUUCUUCGGCGCCCAGCAUCGGGACCCUCUCCACUUCUACCCCUGGGUGCUUCGGAAUCGCUUCUUCGGCCACCGCUUCCAGGCAAGCGACGUUCCCCAGGACGGGUUGCUUUUACACGGGCCCUUCGCACGCAAGCCCAAGCGGAUCCGCACGGCCUUCUCGCCCUCGCAGCUGCUGAGGCUGGAGAGAGCCUUCGAAAAGAAUCACUACGUGGUGGGAGCUGAGCGGAAGCAGCUGGCCGGCAGCCUCAGUCUCUCUGAGACACAGGUGAAGGUGUGGUUCCAGAAUCGGAGGACAAAAUACAAACGGCAGAAGCUGGAGGAGGAAGGGCCUGAGUCCGAGCAGAAGAAGAAGGGUUCCCACCAUAUCAACCGGUGGCGUAUCGCCACGAAGCAGGCCAACGGGGAGGACAUUGAUGUCACCUCUAAUGACUAG